GAGCGAUAGACGGCGUAAUCGAGUAGUUAUAGUGAAAAAACGGACUCAUGAAAAAAUUACCCGCUGUUACAGAAACAGCUCCUUAACUGACCUUGUAGUUAUAAACAAUCAUGGCGAGCUUGAUUCGUUUGAGCACUGUCUGCCAAAGAGGAAUAAGACCUGUGCUUCUGUGCAACACACACCUGUCUCGUGGAUUGGUUGCCUAUCAGAAGAAUCGAGAUGUAGAGCCUUUUCGUUCGGCUGCAGUGAGGAUCCACGCAGCUUCAUCACACUCAAGGUGCAGCCUCACAUCUCUCUACAGGAUGUCAUCCAAGCCUCAAAAAAAUGCUGCUGCUCAGAAAACAUACUUCACAGAAGUACAUGGUCUAGCAAACAUUGCUCCCUUGGUACGUUCGGUAGAGGAGACACCUGAGCCCAUCCCCACCACAGUUAAAGGCACCAUCCCAACAUGGAUCCAUGGGAGUCUGCUGCGGAAUGGUCCAGGAAAGUUUGAGUUUGGGAAUCAGCACUAUAACCACUGGUUUGAUGGCAUGGCCUUGAUGCAUCGCUUUCAGAUCGAGGAUGGUCAGGUGACAUACAGAAGCCGUUUUCUGCGUAGCGACUCGUAUAAGCAGAACAGCGAGAAGAACCGCAUCAUGGUGUCAGAGUUUGGCACUUUGGCUCUACCUGAUCCCUGCAAGAACUUUUUUCAACGCUUCCUGUCCAGAUUUGAGAUGUUAAAGCCAACAGAUAACGCCAGUGUCAGCUUUGUUAAAUACAAGGGUGACUAUUAUGUCAGCACAGAGACAAACUAUAUGCACAGAGUGGAUCCAGAUACUCUGGAGUCCAAACAGAAGGUGGACUGGAGCAAGUUUAUAGCUGUGAACGGUGCUACUGCUCAUCCACACAUUGAUCCAGAUGGCACAGCUUACAACAUGGGCAACUCAUACAAAAACAAAGGGGCUUUCUAUAACAUCAUCAGGGUGCCCCCAGAAAGAGACAGUCCAAAGGAUACUCUAGAGGGAGCCAAGAUUUUAUGCUCUAUCGCCCCUCUUGACAAAUUCAAACCCUCCUAUUAUCACAGCUUUGGCAUGUCAGAGAACUAUGUAGUGUUUAUCGAGCAGCCCAUUAAGUUGGACCUGUUUAAGAUAGUGACUGGUAAACUAAGGGGGAAAUCGAUAAAUGAGGCUGUUUACUGGGACCCCAACCAGGAAACCAUAUUCCACCUGAUUGACAAACAAUCUGGAAAGGAGAUGCCAGUGAAGUACUACACCAAGGCCUUAUCCACCUUUCAUCAGAUCAAUGCUUUUGAGCAGGAUGGAUUCCUCAUGUUAGACAUGUGCUGCUCUGACGACGGCCAGGCUAUAAACAACUUCCUAAUCCAGAACCUGCGGCAAUCAGGAGAGGGACUGGAUGAGAUGUAUAACACCAUGUGCCAGCCGCUUCCCCGUCGUUUUGUGCUUCCUCUCAACAUCACCAGUGAAACACCACUGGAACAGAAUCUCAACACACGGCCUGACAGCACUGCCACCGCUGUCUGCCGUACUAAAAACCAGGUGUUUUGCACAUUUGAGGACCUCUGUGGUGAAGACCUGAAAGACUAUGGCGGCUUGGAGUUUCCCCAUAUUAACUACGCCAAAUAUAACACCAAACCUUAUAGAUACUACUAUGGUUGUGGCUUCCGCCACCUAGUGGGUGACUCCUUAAUUAAGAUGGAUCUGGAGAGCAAAAGUUUCAAGGUAUGGCGCCAACCUGAUCUCUACCCAUCCGAGCCUGUCUUCGUUCCUUCACCCAAUGCUGAGGAAGAGGACGAUGGAGUCAUCCUGUCUGUAAUCGUCACACCAGUUAAGGAUAAGAGUACAUUUCUAUUAGUCCUAGAUGCCAAAACAUUUGAAGAGCUGGGAAGAGCUGAAGUACCUGUCAACAUUCCUUAUGGAUUCCAUGGAGCCUUCAAUUCCAGUGCAUGAAUCUCUUGGUACCUCUCCAACAACAAAUGACAAGUAGCUCUUCAAAAUGGUUAAUACACCACUUAGCUGCUACUAUUGAAAGCAAGAGACUAACAGAAUAAUAUUUCUAUGAAAUUUGCCCAAAGAGAUCCUCCACAGAUUGAUUUCAUAUUUUUUAAAAAUAACUACACAUAUAAACUAGUUAGUUCCCUGUGAAAAAUUCAGCCUUAAUUAAAAUACAACAAACAAGGCUUUAAAUUUGAAUGAACAAUUUUACAACUUUAAUUUAAAUUAUUUUUAAAUUUUAAUUUUAAUUUUAAUUAUUUUUUUUAAUUUAAUUUAUUUUUUUUAUUUAAUUAAAAAAGAGCAUUUACUGAAACAAAGCUUACACAUUACUGAUGCCUAUUUGGCUCACACAGUUUUGAUAUAUAUUUGAUUUCUCAAUACAUUUAUUUUCUCUUGUGUUUUUAUUUUUUAAAUUGUGGACUGUAUGUUUAUCAGUGUUGGGCACGUUACUUUAAAAAAGUAAUUAGUUACUUCUAAAAAG